AUGACCAACAUGGUGCUGGACGCCACUGCCACCGGGGUUCCCUUCUCUUUGAAUGACCUCCAGGUACUUGCUGGCGAGUACCUGGGUGGUCCUUCUCAGGGUUGGGACCCCCAAAACGCCUUCGGUCAUUUGUUCGGUUCGGGUCUCGACCCGAAGAUGUUUGUUCUGCGCGCUCACCUCACCGCGCUGUUGGGCGAGAUCAUUCUCGUCCUCAACCCCGGCACGCCGGAUGCGUGCAUCCUCCGUCUGAAUGUGGCCCCCGAAUACCUCUGGGUCGGAAUUCACUGGGCUGGGCCCGAAAUCGGUAUGUGCUCAUUCUCACUUCUCCUCUGCUCACCCCCCCUCUCCGCCUACGUCGACGGCCUCCUCUUCCUCUGCACGAGCCGGCCUCUCAUGGCAUGGUCGGUCAUGCACCACUCUCGCCCUGUCCAGCAGUGGCAGUCCCUCAUGGGCGCCCUGCAACGAUACCUGGACUCGGCAUCCUCAGUCGGUCCGGCACCCACCGACGUCAACAGGGCGCACCCUGGCGUCGAGCGUUCUCCGCCCCGCCCUGUUGACACCAUGAUUCGGGAUUUGGCCCCCGACAUGGACCUCUGCGAAGUCCCCGUCACUGGCUUCGCCGCUGCGGCUCCCGCUCCCGCUUUUCCUCCUGCCGCCACCGCCGCUCCUCCUCUCACGGCGCCUGCCAUCAGCUCUCGCUCGGCGGCCGCGAUGUUCCUCAAUCGCCGGCCUCGGUGUUCGCCCAGCCCCGACUACGAGGCUGCCUCGAGGGCCCGCAAGGCUUACCGUGCCCGUUGCUAG